AAGCGCUGAUCUGACAUCCUGUGACUCAUGCUUUGCAGGAAUGUUCCUUUAAGUCGGAGAAAAAUGCAAAGAGACGGGGAGGAGCCCAAGCGCGCUGUCACUCUUUCAAUAUUCCUAAGAUAUAUAUCUGGAGGCAAAAGAAAGGGAUUCAACUGCAUGGUAGCAGGUUGCGACGGAGGCGCGCGGAGUAUUUACACAUACACACUCGGUGUAUUAGCAAACUCGUUGCAUCAAACGAACGGAAUUGAGUUCCUCCUACUCGCCUGAAUAUCUGGACCGUCGGGCUGUCAAACGGGGAAUUCUUUUAAAAUUAUUGCUCCUGGUUGUUACUGUUGGGACGAAAUCAUCUUGGCUGGAACGAACUCACUUGGCUAUCUCACUCGCCGGUGAAAACUUGCCUCCACUUGUCGCUAUAAAAACACAAGAAGACAUUUCCCCAGCGCUCCAGCAAAUUCACAGAACUUCUUGCGGGAUCUUUCAGGAUCACGCUCGGCUGCCGUCUUUAACGAGGCUUUCCAGAAAAAGAUAAUGACGCGGUGGACUUUGCUUGCUGUGUUAGCUCUGUAUGCAGUGCCUUCUUUGUGCGCAGAUCAGACCCGGGUGGUUGUGGGUUCACGGUUGGCCUCCCGCUGCGACGGGCGGGCGUGCAACCCGCGCAUGGGCAACCUGGCGCUGGGCCGGCGGAUCCUGACACAAUCAGUGUGCGGCUACAACUCCAGCGAGGCCUACUGCUGGUAUGCGGACGGGCCCUGCACCGCACCCCGCUGUGGCCAGUGUGACGCCUCGCACCCACAGCACGCACACCUGGCCGCCGCCAUGGCUGACUCCUCCUUCCGCCACCCGGACACCUGGUGGCAGUCGGCGGGGGGCGUGGGUGCCGAGACGGUGCAGCUGGACCUGGAGACAGAGUUCUACUUCACGCACCUCAUCCUGGUGUUCCGCUCGCCGCGGCCCUCCGCCAUGGCGCUGGAACGCUCGCAGGACUUUGGCCACACGUGGGCACCACUCCGCUACUUUGCCACUAACUGCAGUGACACCUUCGGGCUGGCAGAGGGAGUCCCAGGGCCCAGUGGGGCGGCCUGUACCUCCAAAUACUCCGAGGCGACCCCCUGCACACGUGGAGAGGUGAUCUACCGUGCCCUCUCGCCCUGGCAUGCCCUGGACCCCUACAGCGUCCCCGCCCAGCAGCAGCUCCGGGUCACCAACCUGCGGGUGCGGCUGCUCGCCCCCCAGCGCUGCUCCUGCCAGGCCAAGGACCCCACCGCCGCGGCCCUGCCCACCGACCACUAUGCCAUCUAUGACUUCAUUGCCAAGGGCAGCUGCUUCUGCAACGGGCAUGCCGAGCACUGUGUCCCUGCCCCCGGCUACCAGCCUGUCCGGGAGAGGACCAACCAUGUGGUCCAUGGGAAGUGUGUGUGUAGGCACAACACCGCAGGAGAUCACUGUGAGAGAUGCGCGCCACUCUAUAAUGACCAGCCCUGGCAUGCAGCCGACGGCCUGACAGGGGCAGCACACGAGUGCAAGAAAUGCAAGUGUAACGGCCAUGCAGAGAGCUGCCACUUUGACUGGACACUGUGGUUGGAGUCUGGGCAGCGCAGUGGUGGUGUGUGUGACAACUGCCAACACAACACGGAGGGCCGGCACUGCGAGACCUGCAAGAGCGGCUUCUACCGGGACCCGCUCCGGCCCGCCUCUGCGCCCGACUCCUGCAAACCAUGCGCCUGCCACCCCGUGGGGUCCGUGCCCUUCCACUUGAGCGGCGACACCCUCUGUGACCCCAGCGACGGGGGCUGUGUCUGUAAGCCCGGCGUGGGUGGCCCUCACUGCGACAGGUGCAUGGUGGGAUACUGGGGGUUCCAGGAGUACGGCUGCAGGCCAUGUGACUGUGCGGGCGACUGCGACCCCUUCACCGGGGACUGCAUGAGCGGGUCAGACCUGGAGCUGUACUACAGAGGAGACUUCCCCCUGGGGCACAAUGACAGUGAGCCAGGGCCCAUCUUCCGUGCGGACGAGCUCUUCUCAGCCUUGCACUACUCAGAGAAAUGUGAAUGCAAAGACCAAGUUCUGGGGAGCCCCAAACUCUUCUGCAACAUGAAGUAUGCCUACGUGCUGAAGGUGAAGGUCCUCUCGGCACACGAUAAGGGCUCCCAUGCAGAGGUGGACGUGAAGGUGCGGAAGGUCCUGAGCCAGAACACCAAGGUGAAGGUCCAGCGGGGGAUAGUCACCCUGUACCCCGAGUCCUGGACAGCACGGGGGUGCACAUGCCCCAUUCUCAACCCAGGGGCAGAGUACCUGGUGGCGGGACAUGAAGACCGCAGGAAGGGUCGCUUGAUAGUCAACAUGAAGAGCUUUGUCAAGCCCUGGCGGGCAAGCCUGGGUCGCAAGGCUCUCCAGUUCCUUAAAACGGACUGCAAGUGGUAGGGUCGGGGGCAGGGGGCGGAGCAGGCAUGGAGAGAGAGCGAGCGAGAGAGAGAGAAAGAAAGAGAGGGAGGGAGCAGAGACCGAAGAGACUGCCAUGGGUUUGCGUCCGCAUGUGGCAGAGAUGUCAAGGGGAAAAGAAUGGGCGGAGGGGCGCAUGGCGCCCUGAACCUCGUAGGGGCACCUCGGGAAAUGGAAAAACUGAGCAGUGUGGGGGAAGAACAGCACACGUCGUGAUUUGGCGACUGCUUUGCCUUGACCUCCUUUGGCCUGGGCCACAGCUCCUCAUGGACUCUGCUACAUUCUCUGCUGUCGGACUCCGGUCUUCAACGUCGGCCACAGAUGCAGCUAUGCUGUCUGAAGCACUUUAUAUACACGAGCAGGCGGGUGGAUCUGAUUGGACCCCAUGCUUGGACAGAGACUGAACAGAUGGACAGAUAGCAGUUUCCCUUACCUGCUUGCGAGGAAGAGGAGGGACUUCCUCUCUAAAGUUCCUCAUUCAAGAUGAGAAGGUUUCAGUCCGGAAAGCACACUAUUAAAAGUUUAAGUGGGUGGCAGGUAUUUCGGGGGGGUUCACUUUGGAUUGACCAGUGACCACACUGGUCACUCAGCUGUCACUCCUCAUAUUGCUAAUGAACGCAGAUGGACGAGCAAGUUAAACGUUUCUUCAGCGAGUUCUUUCAAGGCAGAAUCCUACAUCCGUGCAUCAUUAUACAGCCUUGUACUCGGCUCUAUGGCAGCCACAUGCUCAUGCGCACACACACGAAUACAGACAGACAGACACACAUACACACACAAACACAGACACAACCACAAAUACAGACAGACACACACAUACGCACGCACAACAUUCAGAAUUUAUCAAAGCCUUGAACUGAUGGAUUGAAACUGUUGUUUAUACUUUUCAGGUUUGAAAGCCAUAAAUGCUGUGGUUUCUCAGUGUUGAUACUAGUCAUGAUGUGUAUAACAAUGCAAGAGGAGAAAAAGAUAAAAAAACGCAACAUUAUGCA